AUGGAGAUUUCUUCUCACCAGUUUCACCUCUUGCAGCAACUAAAUGAGCAGCGCAGGCAAGACUUAUUCUGCGACUGCAAUAUCCUGGUGGAGGGAAAGGUCUUUAAAGCACAUCGCAAUGUGCUCUUUGCCAGCAGCGGCUAUUUCAAAAUGCUGCUUUCACAGAGCUCGAAGGAGACGAGUCAGCCGACGACAGCGACUUUCCAGGCAUUUUCUCCUGACACAUUUACAGUUAUUCUAGAUUUUGUGUAUUCAGGCAAACUGUCUCUCACUGGUCAGAAUGUCAUCGAAGUCAUGUCGGCUGCUAGCUAUCUGCAGAUGACCGAUGUUAUCAGUGUGUGUAAAACGUUCAUUAAGUCAUCACUGGACAUCAGUGAGAAGGAGAAGGAUCGCUACUUCAGUCUCUCAGACAAAGAUGUCAGUUCAAAUGGCGUGGAGCGAUCCUGCUUGUACAGCGCAGGCUGGAGGGCAGAAAACAGCCCCCCGCAUUCGCACUUAAGUCCAGAUCAAGGGACAUGUAUGAUGGGUGGAAACGCUUGGAGCAAUUUCAGCUACUAUCCAACUUCUCAAAGAAAUGCCCAGCAGCAGCUGUCCAAACACGAGCAAAGGCAGGAUUCCAUAAAGAAAUCCCGGCACCUGGGACUGCAGCAACCUUCUGACAUUCCUCAUUAUAAAUCAAGCAAACUGGAGGAGAGGGCUGCCGAGCCCGCUGGCCACAUUGCUCAGUCGGAGGAGCAAGUUCAGAUUGAAACAGAAGUUGAAUCUCCUCACGUGGGAUACCAGUACAGCCAGGGGUCUGACGUGAUACCGAGGAGCUUGGCUGUGUCGCAGCAGGAGCAUGAAUCACCCCGUUCUUCUAGUAAAUCAAAGUCUUCAAAAGCAGACGAGCCGUACACGAGCAUGCCCUCCAUCCUAGGUGUCAUGGGAAGCUGGGCUGAAGAUGAUCUGCCCAGGAUGAGGUUCAAGUGCCCAUUCUGCACUCACGUGGUGAAAAGAAAAGCAGACCUAAAGCGUCACCUUCGCUGUCAUACAGGAGAGCGCCCUUACCCUUGUGAGGCAUGUGGGAAAAGAUUUAGCAGGCUAGAUCACCUAAGUAGCCAUUUUCGAACAAUUCAUCAGGCUUGUAAGCCUAUCUGCAGAAAGUGUAAACGCCACGUGACUGAGCUAACAGGACAAGUAGUCCAAGAGGGGACAAGACGUUACAGACUCUGUAAUGAGUGUUUGGCUGAAGCUGGCAUAGACAGUAUUCGCAUUGACUUGGAGGCUGAAGCACCCCUUGAAUUUCCACAAGACGGGGAUAAGGAUUCCAGGUGGCACUAUGGGGAAGACAACAGAUCUGAUGUGGAGAUUGUGGAAGAUGGGUCGACCGACUUGGUCAUUCAGCAAGUUGAUGACAGUGAGGAUGAAGCAGAUGAAAAGGAAGUAAAACCAAAUAUUAGGUAGUUGCAAGACAAGAAUUAGGAAUUCC